AUGCGUGCCGAGACCUUUGCGCGCCUAGCCGAGGAAACACUUGACGAGACAGGAGAGAGUCACAUCGAAAGUGGCGCAGCGACGACAUCUUCACCUAGCACAAGUAGUAGAACAAGCUCCUCUAGUACUACUAUAGCCAGCGCGACCACAACAAACGGCCGAACAUCAACUACUAUCACUUCUGAUGCCACACCAUCCACCUCGAGGAAAACACAUUUCGAAUCACUUGCAGCUGACUCAGACGCCCCUGCUCGAGGAACUCAGCCGCCAGAUCGGUACCAUCAUACUUGGAGAAAUUAUCAACGGGUUGUGCUGACCCAGCUAGAAAAGUCUGCUCUUCUUUUCACGAGCAAAAGUCCCCAUGGUCCAGGCGGUGGCGAAUCAGAUCUUCCAGAUCGUACGUCGGCCCAUGGAUCUUUAGGUCGUGCAGAUUUCCUCGAAGCGCUGGAGCAAGUGAAUGUGGUCUCGGUUGUUCGAUCAUCAGCAUCAUCUACUACCACCACCAAGAAUUCGAAGGGUGGAAGGCGAACCCGAGGCGAAGAAGUGGAGACAGUUGGCGAGGAAAGCAUGCCCUUGCAAACCUAUGGGGAUGUCGUGUGCCAAGCAAGGAGGCCGACGGCGGAGGUCUACUCUGCAUCGUCUUCUGAGCCUGAUGGUAAUCUUCCACGCCGUGCAGGCCAAGAAAACGAGAAGGAAAUUAGUCAAGGGGGCAAGAGUAAGAGCAGUAUGAAGAAACUCAAUUAUAGCAAUGCAGUGGAGCAGGACGUCGCGAACGCGAAAGUAUGG